AUGAAGCUCCGUAAACCACACACUAGAAAGUGUUCGUUAGAUGAUGCCUUGUCUUUGAAAUCUGUGCUUCCAAUGCCUAUAAUGACGUUAUGCAAUAUGGAAACGAACACCCCGAAAAGCAAAAGUUUCAGGUAUAUUGGGGACUUUUGGAAUAGUGAUUUGUGUACUCCUGGCAGACCAGAAAAACUGGUAGAUGUGGCAAGAUGGCAGAUUAUCAUCAAAGCCAGAAAGUUAAGGAACUUGCAGUGGUCAUCUCGUGAGAUGAUGAAGGAAGUCUUGUCUUUGAAAUCUUUGAUAAAUAAUCUCGAAAAUAAUCGUGUUAUAAAUGAAUCCUUGGCUAAUUUACUAAAGAGUUGCUCCAACGUGUCAGUAAAGGUAAAGAAGCAAACAUGUAACCAUGUUAAAACAUCACUGUCACAUCCACGAGCACUAAGAAAGUGGUACAGUGUUGUUGCUGGGGAUCCUGGUUUCAGUAAAGAAGCAGAAACAGCACUUAGAAUAAAGAUUAAGGAACUCAUUAGCAAAGAUUAUGGAAUAGAUCUUGAGAAUAACAAUCUGCCUCUUGCAAAUGAGGCAUUAAGAUUCAUGUUGACUGCUGUUAAUGGUUCAUGGAAAAUUCCAAUUGGCUACUUUUUAGUCAAUGGCUUAGGUGCUGUUGAAAAAUCAAACCUACUUAAGGAGGCAUUGAAGUUUACACAUGAUGCUGGAGUAAAAGCUAUUUCUGUGACUCGAUGGUGCUCAUGUAAACACUGCACUAGUAGACAAGCUAAGUGCCUGUCAUUCAACACGCAGAAUGAAAUAUUUUUUUACACACCCUCUAUAAAUCCAAUAAAAUGGGCUUAUGUAUUAAAGUUACAUGAGCUGCAGAAAGUGGACAACCUUCUGGCUGCUACAAAAGUAAGAACAAAAUACAAUGAAUGGUAUCAUCAUAAAAUGAAUGUAAGGAUUGCUGUGAAAAAAAUUAAGUGGUAG